UUGAACAAAUGAGCUACUGAGCAGUUGACAAAGCAAGGGAAAGCGUUUGCCAUUCAGACAGGCAUUUAACCACCACAGAGUAGACAGCGACCGGACAGCGACCGAUCAGGGAGAGCGAAGAUGUGAAGAUGCAUGCCGCAUGGUUUGCGGAGGAUGUUGAUGGAUGGGGAUAACCUAGUAUCGUCUCUGUCGAGGGAAUACAUCACAAGGACAUGUUUAAGGUGUCGAUGUGGAAUAUCUGACCAUUUUCGUGGUAUGACGGCUUGCAGUGCUUGCUGGGUGGUUGUGAUUGGAUCUGCUUUGAAUUUGCAGAUGUCUGUCUGAAAGAUAAACUGUUGGCUUUCGAUUAUGAUUGAUGAAAGGAUCAGAGUGAAACCGAUAUCAAAUUACCACCUGUUACCAGAAAAUCAGCUCAUGGGAUCCAGGGGAUUACUGUGGCAGGUCUGCGGCCCAGCUUUCAACAAAGCUCGUCUGAUCUGAGAUCAGUAGCGGUCUCAUCGCCCGACCGGCUGACGUCCGCACGCCUGCGUUCGGCUGUCCAGCUGCGUGGGCCUCGAGACGACCUCCAGCAAGGGCUCACCUCAUUCAUGGCUUGACCUCCUCACAGUACGCGCUGUGGACAGUUCCAUCGAGGGCAGUCUCCCUCUAAGUACCAUAGCACAUGGAUUUCAAGACUUCAAAUGAAGAGACGAAGACUGGGAUUUAUUUGCUUCAAGAUGGCAACGAAGAACCUUUCAAUGUACGCCUGCAUCUGGCCAAAGACAUUCUGACCAUUCAGGAGCAAGAUGUUAUCUGUGUGUCUGGGGAGCCCUUCUAUUCCAGUGAAAGAACUGUGACCAUCCGCCGUCAGACAAUUGGAGGAUUUGGCCUGAGCAUCAAGGGUGGAGCCGAACACAAAAUCCCGGUUGUGAUAUCAAAAAUAUCAAAAGAACAAAAGGCUGAACUCUCUGGACUGCUCUUCAUCGGAGAUGGGAUACUUCAGAUUAAUGGAAUUAACGUGAGAAGCUAUCGACAUGAGGAGGUGGUGCAGGUGCUGAGGAAUGCUGGGGAGGAAGUCACCUUGACCGUCUCUUUCCUCAAGAGGACACCAGCCUUCCUAAAACUCCCCCUCUGCGAAGACUGCACCUGUGUUCCAAGUGACCAGAGUAGCGGCACGUCGUCGCCGCUCUGUGACAGUGGCCUGCACUUGAACUAUCAUCCCAACAACACGGACACGCUGUCGUGCUCGUCGUGGCCCACCUCCCCUGGCCUGCGGUGGGAGAAGAGAUGGGUGGACCUGCGGCUCAUCCCCCUCCUCCACUCGCGCCUCUCCCACUACCUGCCAGGCUCGGAUGUGUGCAGGCAAAAUGCCUUUCAAGUGAUUGCCGUGGAUGGGGUGUGCAGUGGGGUGAUUCAGUGCCCGACUGCUGAGGAGUGCCUCGAAUGGCUCCAGGCAGUAGCAACCAAUAUAUCAGCUCUCACAAAGCACAACGUGAAGAAGAUUAACCGAAACUUUCCUGUUAAUCAGCAGAUCAUUUAUAUGGGAUGGGUGGAGGAAAAAGAACAGGACCUGGUGCAGGACCGAAUGUACACGCCAAAGUUCCUUGCCUUGAGGGGCUCCUCACUCUUCAAAUUCUCAGCACCGCCCGUGACUACUUGGGACUGGACCAGGGCGGAGAAGAGUUUCACCAUCUAUGAGAUCAUGUGCAAAAUUCUGAAGGAUGGAGACCUUGUGGACCAGCGGCGGCACUGCUUCUGCCUGCAGGUGGACACGGGUGAGGACACCUUCUUUAGCGUGGAGCUGGAGUGCGAGCUGCUCGUCUGGGAGAAGGCCUUCCAGAUGACCACCUACCUGGAGGUGGAGAGGAUACAGUGCAAAACGUAUGCUUGUAUAAUGGAGAGCCAUCUUAUGGGACUGACAAUAGACUUCACUAUGGGAUUCGUCUGCUUUGAUGCUGCUUCAAAGGCGGUGCUCUGGCGAUACAAGUUCUCCCAGCUGAAAGGGUCCUCUGACGACGGAAAGAGCAAAAUCAAAUUUCUGUUCCAAAAUCAGGACACCAAACUCAUCGAAGCGAAGGAGCUGGAGUUCUCCAACCUCUUCGCCGUGCUGCACUGCAUCCACGCGUUCUUUGCCGCUAAGGUGGCCUGCCUGGACCCCAUGUUUGUGGGGAGUCAGAACGCCGGCGCCGCUGCCGCCAACACCAUCACCUCGGUGUGCUCGACCAUGCCGGCCUCCAAAAUCAAAUACACAACCUGAUAAAGCAGAACAUCUCUUAGUUUUCAGGAGACUGAUCAGAUGGCAUAACCACAUCAACUGAAUGUGGACAUUUGUGGAGGAUCUAACCAGUAAAGUGGACAGGUUUUGAUCAACAGGAGAAUGAGAACAUGUCACAAAGACAAGCUCCGUGAGCCUUGUUUAAAUCCUCAUUCUAGUGCAGGAUCAGAUACACGAGAACCUCUACCAGAAUGGAGCAAAACAGGGCACUAUAUACAAAUGUUUGCAAAAGUUUAAAUAUGAAUCCACAAUAUGUCUCUCCAGCAGUUUCUCUUCAAUCUUUCACAGCUCUGGUUGAGUUCUUGCCAAUUUAUGAAAAUAUGAAAUAAAUUGCCAGGGGUCUUUUAAUACUCUGUUUGAUAAUCAAGGUCACCAGGUCAAAGUAGAACAUCACAUUAAAAUGGUCAUGUUCGGUGGCAUAAGCUACCAUUUUCUUCUUGUCAACUGGUAAUUACCAGCCAUUUGUGGCAUAUCCACCCUUUAAAUUGCCUUUGUGCUUGUUUCUAUUCACCGAAGACCCUUACUCUUUCCAUAGUAUUUACUGACAUUAGCAAAUCAACCUGUAAACUUGCUUUGUGAAACCCUCCCUGGCUUCAAAGAGAGGCAAUGUAUGAAGUUUGAGUAUAUGUGAUGAAGGGAGAAAAUCAUUGCGGCAAAUUGUUGUGAUCAUACUUGUAUUGCAAAUGCACCUUAUGUGACUAAAUUCCCAAUGUUUUACCAAUUGUCUCUGAACCAUAAACUGGAAUUGUAAAUUUGAGUGUACUGCCUUGUUCAAGAUUAACUGGCAAACGUUUUGUUUACACUUUGAUAGACCCAUAUUUAUUGAUAAUAAUGUAACAUUUUCCAAGUUUUCAGGGGCUGAAAAAGUUUAUUUUCAAACUGAUUUUUUGAAAACCCCUGGAGACUUUGGGCAAGGAUUUGUUUCUGUAAUCUUUCCCACUAUGUCAUUUUCCCUCAGCAGAGAAAUUAAUUGUUUUUGCUGCCGAAUGCCAGCUAGAACUUCUGUGUGCAGGAGUGGUGCAGCAGCAUUUAUGUCACCGGCAGACAGUCGGCCCAGGUUUGAUUCCAGAAUUCGUUGUUAAGAGUCCGUAUCGUUUUGGAUAAAAGUGUCACCUUUAAAACGAAUACGUUUUUUAACAACACUAAAAAUUGUGUUGUGAUUGCCCAGCUCUGUUUUACUUUCCUCCCAGAGUCAUUUACAUUCAGUUGUUACACGCAAACAUAUGAUAUGUUGUUAACUGUGCAUUGAUUACACAUCUCUAAUCAGAACAGCUUAUAUUUUUGUGUAUUUAACUCUUUGUGUUAAUUGCUGUGUUGAAGGAGCACAUUCUUUUUCAUGAAAGGCAUUCCACUUGGAACAUUUCUGGACUGGACUGCAUCAAAACCUGCUUUUGCAUCCAGGUCUCUGAGGAAGACUGCUGUCCAGCUGUGUUAUAGUUAUGGAGAGAAUGUGUGUUAAUUGUCCACAUGCCCCUCUUCUAAACAUGGACCAUGUUACACGUCCUAGGUUUGGCCCGAGAUAAAUAUCACAGUAUAUAUUUUUAUACAAGAGCUUUGUACAUAAUCAAAACUGUUGUAAUGACUCUUGUCACUUAGGCAUGAUAAUCAAAAGUUGAUGAAAUGAUUCGACAAGCAGUGGCAAAACAUUUAUGUAGCAUCCUGGAUCUAAGCAUUUCAACAUUUGAGAUGGACCCUUUGAAUGCUCUCAACAUCCUCAACGAAUAUGUCACAAUAUGAUAUGAUCAAGCUAAUUUGUGGUUUUUGGAUUAUUGUUUUGACAGCUGUCAGCAUAAAGACUGGGGUGAUUGUUUGUAAUUUGCUACCGCAAUGUCUAUACUGAUGCAUUUGAUACUACUGUCAGAAGUCAAAUGUAAAAAUGGGGUCAGUACAAUAUUUUAUAGAGUAGUGACAUAACCUUGUGAUACUUUUUUAUUACAUGAACUGAAAAUGCAAAAUGAUCUGGCCCAUUAUAUCAAGCUGGAUUGAUAUUCAGCUUGCAAUAAUUCACAUAGCCCUUAGGGUGGAACUUUGAAAUUUUGCCAAAUGUUACCUUUCUGAUCAUUUUCAUUUAUUAGAAAUGCUAUUGAAAUUAAAUGUGUACAAAAAAGACCUGAUGAAAUGUCAGUGUCACUCCCCAGUCUAUCAGAGAAUAAAAAACAUAUGACAAACUGAAUGAAAAUCAGGCUCUGAUCAGUUAACAGGAAGUGACAUUUGAGUCUAUGCAAAGGAAGAGGUGGUGGAGAGACGCAAGAGUGUUGUUCUGUGUUUCUUUCACAUACUAUUGAGAUGGAUCUAAUUUUCAGUAGAGUUGAGCUUGAGAGAUCUGGUUUUAUUUUUGCCCAAAAGAGUCUUGUUUUAAAUU